GCGUUAACUGUUCCUUUAAGGGCAUCGGGUUAUUUGCACUGCGUAGAGCCUCGAUUUCAAACGUGAAGUUACCGUUGAUAACCUCGACCUUUUCUGGUGGUAGGCUAAUUAAUUUGAACAGUUUAAUUUAAGUUUUACAUUACGUGAAACAAAACUUUUUUUAAUAACUUAUUUUAGUUCGUAAAGUGUGGUGUCAUCGUUAACAAUGGCAACUUACCGUAAAUUACUCUACACACCGAGCUUCAGCUCUCAGAUGUCCCAAACGGACAAGACAUCAGGGCGUACCGGGGAAAAUAGCAAACACAAACUGUGUAGGAAUAUGAACAGGCUGACUGAGGCGACUCCCUCACCCUUGCUCUUCACCAAAAGUCCAGAAAUAACACCACGUUUUUUAAAAAAGAUGAAAACAAACCAUCUUUUGAGGUUUUACUCGAAUAUGAGGACCUCGCAGAAAUCUACGGUUAAUCUGAGGGAAUCCGAAGGCGGGAAAUUACAGCGCGCCGAACGUGACGCUCGUAGAGGGCCCUCAUCUGAUACUUUUGGAUUCCCACAAAGAGAUGCUCAGGCUGUGGAGGAAAUGUCCCAAACAAAACAGGAUGUAUUGAGGACAAUCAAGAAAAUGGUAGAGGAGAACAGGGUCAUCAGAGAGCGGUUACUCACCUUGAGGCAACUGAGGCAAAGCAAAUGAGGUUUGCCCAUUGUCUGCAGUUAAAGGGUGGUACCACUUGCAGUGAAUUUUAAAGAGGAAAAGAAUGCUGUUCACAUGGCGAAGUCAUUUAUAUGGCAAUAGGAUGAGCUUUUAUUUGUGCACCUUUUCAUAUGAUUGUUCAUAAACAGUUAUAUUGCCUAAUAAGUUCAAUAAUAAGUUUAAAAUCUAAAUUCUCAGAGCAAAAAUGGAAAAGUAUGACUUACAGAUGACCACUAGAUGGUGAUAUUUCCAAAAUUAAGAGCAGCUAUAAACUGCAGUGAGGCUCCCACUUCCAUGCUUUACUUUUUAAUUGUAUUUACUAGUUGUUGUUUUGUUAUUUAUUGAUAUUCACAAAGAGAAUGGCCUUCCUUUGUGUUAAUUCAUGCCAGUAAAG